GAGAUAAUCACCGAUGAGAUCUGCUUCGUGUCAGAUCAGAUCGAUCCGAAGGAGAAGGCGUUCUGCCAGGUCGUGCGGCGCAACCCGUGCCGCGUGUGGGUCUUCCGCCUGCUGGGCUGGGCCACCAUGACACUCGGCAUCAGUUUAUGCGCGGGGCCCUUUCAGAGCCGCGCGCUUGGCCUGCCUAUCCUGGAGGCCUACGGCAGACACGC